GUCUCCUAACAGAAAACUUAAAGAAGCAACAGAUAGAGUUGGCGAUAGAUUGAGAGCUUAUGCUCAAAAGUUUAAGGAGAGUAAAGAGAAGGAUAGAGGGAAGCAGGAUGUAAAAAGAUCAGCUAGUGCUGGUAGAUCUGACACAAUAGAGGAAGAAUCCACCGAAGAUAUAGAAGCUGAAAGAGCUAAGAGUCUAUAUGAUAGAUCUUCCAGAAACCAUGAUUUAAUGAGUGUCUCAUCAACAGACAGUGCAGAUCUAGAAAUAUCAGCAAUAAAACCUCUCAGGAAAACUUCUAAUCGGAAGGGCAGAUCAGGGAUGGAAGAAAGCAAAGGGAAAGGAUUUUCUUUAAGCGUGGAAAACGAAACCUUCGAUACAGAGCAAAUCAAUGAGAAACUCUCAAAAAACGAUCCAGAAAAUGAACCUUUUUGGUCGGAAUUAUUUCAGAAAGAUAGUUUCCCUACAGAGAAUAAAGAAAAAAAAGAAAUAAGAAAAGAAAAACUAUCCGAUGAAACUAUAAAUCAGAAAAAUAAGGAGAAAGAAAACGAACGAAGUAUUCCAAUAGAAAAAGAAAAGAAUGAAAAGGAUAAAAAGGAUGAAAAGGAUGAAAAGGAUGAAAAGAAUGAAAAGGAUGGCAAGGAUGGCAAGGAUGAAAAGGAUGAAAAGGAUGAAAAGGAUGACAUGGAUGACAAGGAAGAAGUAUGUGUGGAAGGGAUUAGGGAUCUUCCACAAUCACUUCCUGAAGCUUUACAGCUUGCGAGCCAGCAAAUGGAGUAUUUAACCCGGCAAUGGGACACUAUUAGCGACGAGGAUAUUAGUGAAGAGAUUAGAAAACGAUUAAGUGGACAGAUGGAGAAGGAUUCAAGUUCACGCCCUCGUCGGCCAUCUUGUGAUGUAAAGCCUGGGGAUCAUCUUGAGUCUCCGACAGCGGAGGUGUGUUCGGAGAAGAUGAUGCGGAGCAUUUCGGAUUCCUCUAGCGGAAGAUCUAGUAAACAUUCUUCACCAGGGAAACAGAAACAACGGCGGUCUGGGUAA